AUGAUCAAUAGUCAUCAUCAACAUACUCAGUCGCAACCAUAUGAUGAUCGUGCAAGAUCACAACUUUCUCCAUGUCGACUCAUUGUCGACUCGAUCAAACUACGAGGCAUCAAGAAACAAAUUGAUCAAUGCUUCAAGAUGAUCACACCUUUUGCCAAUCGAUCCGAUUACCACAAUCACAUCAUGGCACUACAUGGCAACAAUCUCUCGAUGAUCACGCUGGACAAGCUUGAAUGGUCAUCGAACAACGUUGGAAUGCCGGGACUCAACGGACCAUUCGACAGCGUGUUCACAUCGAUCGUGUAUGCUCGUGGACAUGUCUACAUGUUUGGCGGCCCCGAGCGUCAGGGCACCUACACUCGCUACUCGCUGGACAGCAAGCAAGUAUAUGAAGGUGCCAUCACCACUAUAUCGGGUGGUCGCGGCAUAUCCACCUGCUACGAUGGUGACAAGACGAUCUACCUGGUCGGAGGCCACGACAACAAUCACACGCGAAUGAACCGUAUCUCUUCGUUCAACAUUGAAACCAGACAUUUUGCCCCAGUUGGUACGCUUCCAUUGGCUAUCUCACUCGCCAACACUUACUUCCACAAUGGUAGUUUGAUCAUUGUAGUGGGCAACAAUCAAGUCUACUCUUUCACGCUCGACCCACCUAUGAGUAUCUGUACUCCUCUUUUGACAGACAUCAACUAUUCGAGCUCUGGCUCAAACUGCUUUGAUCAUGAUACCAAUCAGUUGUAUAUAAUCACCAAUCAAUCAUUUAUAAGGUACUCAUUAGUGGAUAAGAAGAAGACGACAUUAUCAAAGGCUCCAGAUCAUAUACAUCAACAAUAUGGUCGAAGAAUGAUCUACCAUCGAUCAUGUGGAAUCAUAUAUCUUGGUGGAGAGGGCAACAACUAUCAAUACUCGAUACCAGACGACAAGUGGACAUUGCUCAAUGAGUUGAGUGACAAUGACACCAUCACCAGCCGAAUAUGGAGUGGUGCAUGUUUGAUCAUGGACUCUGUCCACCCUGUGACGACCGAGCCUACUGUAGACACGUCCAACAAGAGAAAGCAAACAGACAAACCAACGGUCAAGCCAGUCAAAAAGGACAAACCAGCCAAACCAGCCAAUAUGGCCAAGAAGUCAAUGACUACCAAGAGAACGAACAAA